ACUCUUAUAACAGCCCUAUAUAGGUUCCCCCAGCCCACAAGGCAAACAGGAUCAGGCCACCUGCACAAAACCGACCGAAAGGCCCCUGCGGUUCCCAUUUGAUCACCAGACUCUGGAGGCCAACGAAACCCACGCAGUAUCCCACCCUCCUUGCUACUCACCUCCCUUGCAGAAAAGAAAGAGGACUCCUCCGCCUCCUCAAUUUAUAUUUCAGGCCGGAGCUCUUAGGCGCCACCUCGUGGUCAUUUUUUAAAAAAUAUAUCAGUACGGGGAGGGAAUAGUGAGGAGCCGAUCGACAACUCCUACCCUUGAUUGGCCGUUUCAACGAAUCAGGGGCGUGGCCUUGAUGAGGGGACGGUCCUUCUAGCCAUCGCGGAGGUUCUUGCUGUGCGUCUCCUACCCGGAAAUUAAACUACGCAGUAUAAGGAAGUAGGCGAGAAAGACGUCACGUGGGCGAAGCAUGGGAGCCACUGGAAAAAUCAACCGGCCCCGGACGGAGCUACAGAAAAACCUUUUCAAAAGGCGCCGUGUCCUUAGCAAGCAGAAGAGGAAGAAGCACCGGAUUGUAGGUGCUGUGGUGGAUGAGGGGCUCAUCACCAUUCAUCACCUAAAGAAACGUAGUUCUAGCUCCCGAGCGAACAUUACCCUCUCUGGGAAAAAGAAAAGGAAACUGCUGAAGCAAAUUCGCCAUUCCACAAAGGAGAAGACAGAAAUGCAGGUUGACCUUUCUGCAGGUCCAAAUAAAAAUGCCCAGAGUGGCAAGCGGCAGAAGAAGAAGAAGAAUGGGGAGAAAACAGCUGGCCCAGAUGUAGAGAUGGCAGAAGUGGAGCCUGCAGCAGAACCGGGGAGCUCAGAUCUUCCUUUACAGUCUUAAAUCUCAGUCUCCUCUCUCUCUUUCAUUGCCUGCUGGCAGAACUCUGGGGUUAUGGCUGCAAAACCAGGAAAGUCAUAAGCAUUGAGCUUUGAAGCUCUUCAGCCCCAUGGACUUGAUGUGGCUAGAUUUCCUUUAAAUACACACAUAGUCUUGAGAGGUUUGCUGAACAGGCUGCAACUGUCUAGUUCCUUUGCCUCUCCAGAUAUUGCUGAACUACAACUCCCAUCAUCCCCUAGCCUUUGGCAUCUAGAUGGGGGCUGAUGGGAGUUGAGGGACAUUUUUUUUCUGUCUGAGGAUUGCAUGUUGAUGGGGUGUCAAACCAAAAGUGGGUGGGGCUAUAGCUGAAAUGCAUAACAUGGAUACUGUGCACACAUGCAGACUUUCACUCUUCUAUUGCAGCAGCCUUUGGCUAUAAGCAAUAAACUUGACUGACUGACACUCUUCUUCUCUCACUCCCCCCCCAAGCUAUGGGGUUUGUUGAGGGUAAAGCAUUUUGGGGUGUGUGUGCACUUAAUGAAGACUGCAGCUGAGGAGGGACAUUUUCUGCUCAAAGAUCUCUUAUCCUCCAGUGCAAUAACUAGGCUGGAAAACAGUCUGCAUUUGGCACCAAUCUAGAAGGCUUUGUUUCCAAGCCUAAUUUUGGGGUACAAUUGGAUUUGGGGCAGAUGUUCCAGGGCUGAAAUAUUGUCCCAAUAAAAUAGCAGAAAACCA